AUGAAGUGGUACAGCAAAAGCCCGACAACGGGCACCGCCACCGUUUCCUCCGACACAGCCUCCUCCUCCCACAAAGACAAUGAUGGCUACACCCCCUCAGACGACCUUCACUCCGGCCAAGCGCAGCAACAAAAACGCCAAAUCGGCGUCAUCUCCGCCUCCUUCCUAAUCUUCAACCGCAUGAUCGGCACGGGAAUCUUCGCAACCCCCUCCGGAAUCCUCUCCCUAACCGGCUCCGUCGGGCUCGCCCUCUUCAUAUGGGUAGCAGGCAUGCUCAUCGCCGCCGCCGGCAUGGCCGUAUACCUCGAAUUCGGCACCGCCAUCCCCAAGAACGGCGGCGAGAAGAAUUACUUGGAGUACGUGUUCCGGCGGCCGCGGUUUGCGGCAACGGGGUUUUAUACGGGUUAUGUGCUUCUGUUGGGGUGGGCGGGGAGUAAUUCGGUUGUGUUUGGGGAGUAUAUCCUCAAUGCGGCGGAUGUGGAGGUGGGGAGGUGGAAUCAGAGGGGUGUUGGGUUGGCGUGUAUUACUGCGGCGUUUUUGAUUCAUGGACUGGCGUUGAAGUGGGGGUUGAGGUUGCAGAAUUUCCUUGGAAUCGUCAAACUCAUCGUCAUCUUGAUCAUCGUGGUGUCUGGCUGGGCGGCACUUGGAGGAGCGCUCAAGAUCGAGAAGCCGCAUAACUUCGAUAAUGCCUUCGAAGGAACUACCGGAAGUGCCUACGGUGUUGUCACAGCACUGUACAACGUCAUCUGGAGCUACAUCGGCUACUCGAACGCCAAUUACGCCCUAUCGGAGACGAAGAAUCCCGUCAAGACCCUCAAACUCGCAGCACCAUUGGCCUUGGGUAGCGUUGCAGUACUCUACAUGCUGGUCAACAUCGCCUACUUCGCCGCCGUCCCCAAAGACGAGAUUCUAUCAUCCGGGCGAAUUUUGGCAGCGAGCUUUUUCAGAAAUGUGUUCGGCGGCAGUGCGGAGAGGGCUCUGUCUGUCUUCGUGGCGUUGUCGGCGUUUGGGAAUGUCCUGAGUGUCAUCUUCUCGCAGGGCAGGUUGGUGCAGGAGCUCGGGAGGGAGGGGAUCCUGCCCUUCUCGCGGUUCUGGGCUUCGAAUCGACCGUUCAAUGCGCCGUUGGCUGGAUUGUUUGAGCAUUGGCUUGUGUCGGUUAUUAUUAUGUUGGCGCCGCCGCCGGGUGAUGCGUACAACUUCAUCCUGAACGUAAUAUCCUACCCCCUCGCCAUCGUCAACUCUUUCGUCGCACUGGGCCUGCUCUACCUCUACUGGAACAAAGCCGAAUGGAACUGGUCGCCACCCUUCAAAGCAACAUGGCAGGUGGCGCUGUUCUUCUUUCUGAGCAACGUUUACCUCGUCGUCGCUCCAUUCGUCCCGCCGACUGGUGGAAACGCCAUCUACGAGACGCUGCCAUACUACCUGCACUGUGUGGUCGGCUGGGGGAUCAUUGCUGGAGGCGGCGUGUACUGGCUCGUGUGGGCGAUUGUCUUGCCGAAGAUUGGCGGGUAUGAGCUUGUGCGGGAAGAGCAUGUGGAUGAGCUGGAUGGGUGGUCGAGGUAUCAAUUUGUGAGGCGGCCGUUGGGUGGUGGUUCAGUGUGA